GGAAGUGGAGCACAAGGAAUUGGAACAGAGAAUGAAAGAAUCAAAAGAUCUGGAAGCCACGUCUGAGGCCUUGCAGCAGAAAGUUAAAUCUCUAUCGGAGGUGCUAGCUGCGAAAGAACAAGAAAAUGAGGCAAUGAUGCAAGCACUUGAUGAGGAGGAGGCUCAAAUGGAGAAUCUGACAAACAGGAUUGGCGAGCUGGAAAGAGAAUUGCAACAGAAGAACAAACAAUUAGAAAACCUUGAAGUUUCUCGUGGGAAGGCUUUGAAGAAGCUUUCGGUCACAGUGAGCAAGUUUGAUGAACUUCAUUAUUUGUCUGAAAGUCUCCUUUCUGAAGUUGAGAAGCUUCAGUCACAAUUGCAAGAGCGGGAUAGAGAGAUAUCUUUCCUUAGGCAAGAGGUUACAAGGUGCACUAAUGAUGCACUAUCUGCAACCCAAAUGAGCAAGAGAAGGAGCUCUGAUGAAAUUCAUGAUUUCCUGACAUGGUUAGAUACACUGAUUACUCCGGUGCAGGUGAAUGAUCUAGGUUCUGAUAGUAUGAAAGUUGAUCAGGUUAACGAAUAUAAAGAGAGACUACAGAACCAGAUAGUGGCUUUUGUAACUGAAUUGGAGAAUCUUCGUGCGGUGACCCAGAACAAUGAUAUGCUGUUGCAAGAAGCAAGGGGUAAAGUGGAAGAGUUGACACGAAAAGAACAUCAUCUUAAGAAUUCAUUGCAUGAAAAGGAGUCUCAAUUAACUAUGCUUCAAGGUGCCGGAGAGUCUGGACAAGUAUCAAGUGCUACGUCGGAUAUCAUGGAAGUUGAACAAGUGACAAACAAAUGGACAGCUCCUGCUACCAUUGCAUCAUCGCAAGUUCGUAGUUUGCGGAAAACUAAUAGUGAUCACGUUGCCAUGGCUAUAGAUAUUGAUCCAAGUAGUGACAGGUUGGAUGAGGAUGACGACGAUAAAGCUCAUGGGUUCAAGUCGCUCACUACAUCAAGACUUGUUCCCCAAUUUACGAGACCAGUAACCAAUAUGGUUGAUGGUUUGUGGAUGUCAAGUGAUCGGGCACUAAUGCGACAACCUGCUUUGCGACUUGGUGUCAUAAUCUAUUGGGCUUUGUUGCAUGCUCUUCUUGCAACUUAUGUUGUUUGAGAAUCUGACCGAGUGGUCCCCUUUUGGGGAAAAAAUAGAACGUCCUGAUGCAAGCUAGGAAUGGAGUUGCAGCCAUUAUUGUGCCGGAGAUAGGUCUAUAAGUUUGUAUUACAUAAUCAUCGAGUUCAUUAUUCUAGGUUGUUCAAUUCAUUGUUUGCCAACCUGGAAACUGUGAUUUUUCUCUUUUAUUAUGCAAUCACAGAUUUCUUGGUUGUCGUCAAUAAGGAAAAAUGCAUUAUACAGGAUAUAGAUUGAGAAAUGGUUUAACAAAUCAAGUUUGUAGGUCUAUUGCAGUCUAUAGAAGAUUAAAUAUUGGAGGUUGCUUUGCUAAAGUAUAGUACCAGUGUACCACAGUUGUUUAGAUACAAAUGUUACCAAUAUUCGGAGGAGUUUGUCAAUGCAAGACUAUUAGAACAGAAUGUCAUCAGGACUGGUUUCUCCACCAACUGAAAUUUGAUGCUUAUGUUCUGAAACCUGGAAAUUGUACAUGUCUUUUAAAAUCGUCUUGCUUCGUUCUUAUUCGAUUUAGAUUUAUCAUAAUUAUUCAUUA